AAUAGUAUAAAUACACGCAAAAUUAGACACAACGAUGCAUUUGCGAAACGAAGAACCUUCCUCCAGCAUGAAGAUUUCUCUAGCCAUGGUUGCGUUGCUGGUAGUAUGCUCGAUACACCUUGCGGCGACUGAUGAAGGUCCCCGAAGCCGCCCUUUGACGGUGACCCAUUUACUGAGCUCAGAAUGUAACCGAGAAGCGUACAUGAGGAGCCAAAUGAUCUUAACGCCCAACCCACCGCAGUCUUCGGUAGCCUAUAGGAACAAAUUGCCCAAUGUUAACAACAGGCGAGACCAGUUUGCUACAUUCGACGUCCGUUUUGAGAAAUCACCCUUUCCAACUCGAGGAGAACUCUAUGUCCCAGUCACUCUUCCCAUCCACCUUCGCAGCGGGCAAAUCCCUCCCGUCUCCUGUGGUCUGGAAGCUGGACAGCCGCGGUGGCUCGGACCGGUCAGAAUUCGGUGCCGUGUGAGCGUGUCCCCGUUGUGUAAUCCUGCGACCUGUGGGCACCGUAUCUGCCUGAAGGUGCAGCUACCGGGGAACAUAGUGCGUAGCUGGCAAAGGCAGCAGGGCGUGAGAACCAAGCCUGACGACGUGCAGCUGUCGCUCGAGUGCGGGAGGGCUGUCUGCCCCGGCCUUUCAUUUUCUGGAUCCGCGUUUCUCGUGGUUUUCGGGGAGCCCUAUGAAGAAUAGAUACCCUGCGGUAAAUGAGAAGCAGUACCUUGUCUUUUUCCUCCUUGUGACUUCCUUAUCAAAGGACCUUAUAUAUUGAUAUAUCAUAUUCAAGAUUCAGAACAGCUCUGACUUUAUUACAUGCAAUCAUGAAAAGAGGAGUUCUUCGAUAUCAGAUAUUGUCUACUGAUAAUUUUGGCUAACAAGCCCAAGUACAGGAUUUGCGAUGUACAAAUAAAGUUGGCAAAAGAUGGUUGUAAAAUGGAGUUUAAAUUUGAAAUGCGAGGCCGUACGAUGUACGUAUAAUGCCCGUAAUUCACUUUUCGUACGGCGUCUGAGCGGAGGUAGACGGUGGCCGUGCGAAAUCGCACGGAAUCGCACGGAUUUAAGGCCUCCGCAGUCUCUACGAUUUUGUCAAGCUGUAACUAUAGACAAUUUUUAAAAUCGUAAGCCCGUAGACCGUAAAAAAUACCGAGAUGGCAUUGCGCUAUCCCCUCGGCGUACGGACAUUGCAUGGCAAUUGUAAACGGGUAACGGACUCUCGUGGGCCAUUUAUCCUUAUUUAAGUAUUAUUAUGCUAAUCAAUCACAAAAAAGGUUUGGGUCAAAAAUUCGCUAACUUUUCCUUUUUAUAGAACUAUUACUUUACAGUCUAUUUGUCUGAUGCAUAUCAAUUUUCAAUAGCUUUGUGAAUGAAACAAAUUUAGACUGAAAAAAAACAACAACUUUAUUUAAAAUUCAUUUCAUCACAAUAAGCAGCCAUAGAUCUAAAUUAUUGAGUCACUAUAAGAAUAAUAAACAA